AUGGCCGACUACGGGGCCGAGGUGAUCAAGGUUGAACCUCCCGGCGGAGAUCCUUUCCGCUUUCAGCCCGCCUGGAUUUCAUGGAACCGGGGGAAGAAAGGUAUUGUGCUGGAUCUCAAUACUGCGGAAGGCCGCGAGCAAGCUAUCCAGUUAGCCGGCGAGGCCGAUGUGUUGGUAGAGUCCUUCCGCCCCGGAGACAUGGCCGACUGGGGGUUGGCAUAUGACACCCUGGCGCAACUUUACCCGCGGCUGGUUUACUGCUCCAUUACAGGCUUUGGGCAAAAGGGCCCGCUCCGCCGGGUAAAGGGGUACGAGGGUGUAGUUGCGGCCAAAGCGGGCCGGAUGCUCAACCUGCAGGGCCAGCCUAACCGGGAUGGCCCAGUGUAUUCGGCGGUUCCAACCGGUAGCUGGCACGCCAGCCAGGCCGCAGUGCGCGGAAUCAUUGGCGCCCUACGCGUGCGGGACCUGUGCGGGCGUGGGCAGUGGGUCCAGACCAGUAUUGUGCAGGCCCUGGCUUCACCUCACGACAACAACGCCGGUGCCGGCGGCCUGGGCCGCCAGCAGAGGCUCUCUACCAUCGGAUAUAUUCCGGUCCGGACCAGCGACGGCGCCUGGCUGCAACACGCCAAUCAGAGAGUCCCCCACGUUCAGGGUCAUCUCAAGGCCAUUGGCCUGGGGCAUCUCCUUGAGGAUGAGCGUUUCGAAAAAGUUCCCGCCAUCAGCGUGGAGAAUCGCGAGCUUCUGCGCCAGGAGAUUUUGAAGCAGCAGCUGGAGCAGACCGCCGACGAAUGGAUGGAGAUUUAUCUCCAGGACGGCAACAUCGCCGCCGAGCCCUACCGUACCAGCGUCCAGGCCAUGAAUCACCCUGCGGUGGUUGCCAACGGCACGGUGGUAACGAUCGAUGAUCCUCGCGUGGGCCCUAUGCGUACCCUGGCCCCCCUCGUGGACUUCAAGGCCACCCCGGGAGAGCCAAGCGGGACCGGCCCGGAUGUGGGGCAACACUCUGCCGAAGUGCUGGGACGCUUGCGGCAGCAGCCCCCGGCCGUAAGCGGCGGCUUGCCAGUGGCGAGUGGCGCCGAUGUGCCGGACCACCCCCUGUCAGGAAUAACCAUCCUUGACCUGGCGACAAUCCAGGCCGGGCCCUACGGCGCCUCCCUUCUGGCAGACCUGGGGGCGCGAGUCAUCAAGAUCGAUGCCACCGACAGGCACCUGGAUGAGGGGCGGCGUUCCACGGCCCAGGCAAUUGCCGAACCACGGACCUACGCAGGCAAGGAAGGUGUUCAAGUUGACCUGCAGACCCCCGAGGGCAAAGAGAUCGUCCAUAAACUCAUCGCCAAGGCCGAUGUUCUAUCGCACAACUUUCGUCUCGGCGUUCCGGAGCGUCUCGGAUCGAUUGGGAGACCUGUCGGAGGAUCAAUCCCCGCAUGA